CCCACCUUUCUUUUCUCCCAAUCUAUAAAACCUGGAUGAUUCAAAGAAAUAAACUCGAUUUACCCCUCCAUAUCAUUCUUUUAGAUCAUACCUUUUUCAUCUAUGUCAGAUCCCUAUGUUCUUCACAAAAGAAAAAUAACUGAAGUGAACUGGCAUGAGAAAUUAUUCAUAGCUGCUUUGAAAGGAAAAAAAAGAUAAUCAUCCAAUCAUUUCCUUUUCUUUUUUCGCAAUCAUGUAGUUCGUUAAAGAACAUGUCUGGCCUACAAAGAAAUGACAAUAGUGAGCCCACAUCAUUAUCUAUUUACGGAUUAAGAAAUAAAAGAACGGUAUUUGCAGGUGAUGGGCAAGAUAAAGUAUCUAAUGCAUUUGGAAACUUGUCUUUACCUGAUUGUAAGAAGACAGAAAGAUUUUCCUGCUCUCUCUAUAUGGUCCCAAUGAUGAUCAUCACAGUCCUCCUUUUAGUCGUGUGUAGCGAUGAUGUGAUGUGUGUUUAUGGUGCUCCCCCUCCAAACCCCACUGGUUCACCUAGCGGGUCAGCUCCGGCUCCUGGUCCAUCAGGCCAGACUUCGCAAACAGAGUAUCAGAAGAUUGUCAAAUGCUUCCCAAACGCUCAGCUUUCAAGCCAGGUUUCAGAAGCAGAGUCUGAAAAGAUUAUCCAUUGUAUCGACGACGUCCUGGGCUCCUGCGGUCCGUUUUAAGUUGCAUACUGCCAAAGCCAAUAGUGGUGCUUAGUUAUAUGAUAAAUCAACAAUAGUCUACUGUUUAAUAUCAAAAUGCGUCUUUGUUCUCUGUUAUGUAGCUCAUCAUCAUGAUAAUAAACAUAUUCCUUGUUCGACUAAAAAAA